AUGAAGAAGUCUCAGGUCUCGGACCUUUUCAAGUUCAAGACCCAAAUGGGUGAGAUGAUGGAAACCAUUAAACAAUCGGAGAAGAAAAGUUACGGAAUAGUCCAUAAUACAUUUUACGAGAUCGAACGAGAUUAUGCCGAUCAUUUAAAAAAGAUUAAUGGAACGAAAAUCUGGCAUAUUGGUCCUCUGUUUCAAUAUUUUAUUAGCGACUGUCGGAGGACGUCGGAGAAGCACGGUUGUGUGAAAUGGCUCGACUGUCAAAACCCCAAAUCGGUGAUAUACGUUUGUUUCGGUAGUAUGGUGAACUUCCUAGAAGCUCAGAUCACUGAAAUUGCUUUAGCACUUGAAGAUUCUAAACAACCGUUUAUUUGGGUGGUGAGGAAGAAGUUUGGAGAUGAAGAAAUCGGCGGGUUGCCGGAAGGUUUUCAGGAGAGGAUUGAAAAGGAAAACAAGGGCUUGAUCAUGACAGAGUGGGCUCCACAAGUGGAGAUUUUACAACAUCCGGCUGUCGGAGGGUUCUUGAGCCACUGCGGGUGGAACUCCGUGCUUGAAGCGGUCGUUUCCGGUGUGCCAUUGAUGACAUGGCCGUUGUACGCCGAUCACUUUUACAACGAGAAGCUGGUGGAGCUUUUAGGGAUUGGAGUCGGCCUAGGGGUGGAUGUUUGGAACUCUAGUUCGGUGAUCACCAGUCCAAUCAUCGGGAAACAGAGUAUAAGUGAUGCUAUUGAGAUAUUGACAGGUGGAUCCGCCAUAGCUGAAAGCAUAAGACGCAACUCAAAAGAGGCAGCCAUGAAAGCUAAACAUGUUGUUGAAGAAGGUGGAUCUUCUCAUAACAGUUUAAUGGCUUUGAUAGAAGAUCUGAAAGCCAGUAAAUUGGCCCCAAAACCUUGA